CUGAAUCUAGCAGAGAAAUUAUUCGCGGGAAAUGGGAUUGAUCACCAGUUUCGUUUUCUCAGUUCAGGAGCGUUUUGAUAAGGUAUCCAAAUAAAAGAUUGAAGAUGCAUAUAUCUAGUUAUGAUUUUUAACCUGUUAUUUUUAUGGCAAGUAAGAAGCUCUCAAGAAUUAAGCAGCUUGCCACUGAGCAGUCAGCUUUUCUUAAUAGAUGUGGAAUAUCAACGUGCAAGGAUGUCCUGACCAAGAGUUUGGUGGACUUAAUGAACAUCAAUUAUAGCCAUACACAAUCUCUGGAAUUAUUGAAAGUAGUCAGUAGAGUGGUAUCACCAAUUCCUGUAACUGCUUUUCAAUUGAUGAAGAAACAUAAAUUUCUCACAACUUCACUUUCUAAGCUUGAUGAUGUUUUGCAUGGAGGUUUACCUGCUGGUACGAUAACUGAGAUUGCUGGACCACCUGGCUGUGGGAAGACACAAUUUUGCAUUAUGAUGAGUGCAGUUACUGCUUUGCAAAGUGGAUCAAAUGUUGUGUAUAUAGACACUGAAAACGCUUUCACUGCAAAAAGAUUUUUAGAAAUAGUGAAGAUCAAAGUGGGUCCUGUUAACCAUGAUCAAAUUGCUUUGGACAUAGCGUCCAAAGUUAUUGUAUAUUUGGAAUCAACUUGUGAGUCUCUUCUUGAAAGAUUAAAUAUAUUGGAAGAUGUCAUCAUUAAUAAGAAAGUAGAUCUUAUUAUAUUGGAUUCAGUAGCCUCACUAGCACGCAAGGAAUUUGGCCACCAAGCUGUUUUAACGGAUAGGAAUGAAAUGUUGAUGCGACAAGCUGCAAAAUUAAAGUAUUAUGCUGAGACGUUCAACAUACCCGUCCUGGUAACUAAUCAAAUCAGCACACAAGUUUCAGAUUCAGAGUUUGGCAAUGUUUCCUGUGUGACAGCAGCUUUAGGUAAUACAUGGGCACAUGCUGUCAAUUCUCGUCUAAUGGUAACAUUCGUGAAUGAUCGAGUUAGACAGAUGGUUGUUGCUAAGUCACCCAUUGCACCACCUGCAAGCUUCUGCUAUAAAAUUGAUGAAGGUGGAAUUGUUUUUCUUAGCCAAGCAUAAGAGAUAAUUCGUUCUUCUUAUUGGCAAGUUGUAUUUCUUCCCUGUUACUUCCUUUGUGACAUCUCAGGCAACAUAACAAUGAGAGUUCAACGAACUGACAAGCGAUAAAAGAACACUACAUUCGAAAUUGAAGUAAUUUUCCCAAUUAUACAGACCCAAAUUUUGAUGGACUACGAAACUAUUGAAGACUUUAUUAUAAUAUUCAAAACACUGAGAAAAUAUUUCCAAGAAAGUAAAAAUUAAAAAAACAUUAAGUUGUAAUAGGGAAGUAUAACUUCCAACUUUCUAGGAAGUGUAUUUUUAUUAGGCUAUGUUUCAUGUUUUAUUUAACAAGUUUAUAUAUGUAUAAAAUUCAAUCAGAAAAAAAAGGGAAUUUCAAAUCGUCUGGA